GGAGGCCCGCCCCACAAGGUAGCAAGGCGCGCAGACCCCGGGAGGCCCAGCGCGCAGAUUCCAGGAGGUCGCAGCCAUGCAUCGGACGCGCGCCAGUGCCCGCCUGCGGAUCGUGCUGGGACACCUCGACCACCUGGCGGCCAGGGCGCUGGUAGCUCACCCCGCCUCAGGGACUGUCCCCCCGAGUCCCAGUUCUCAACGCUUCCAAUAUACUUUGGAUAAUGAUGUCCUGGCCCUGGAACAGAGAAAAUUUUAUGAAGAUAAUGGGUUCCUUGUCAUUAAAAAUCUGGUAUCUGAUGCUGAUAUUGGCGGAGUUAACAUCAUGUUCCACGGGAUCCAGGACUAUGAGUGGGACAGUCCCCGCGUGCACCUCAUCAUGGAGAAGGGAGACACUGUUUUCUUUCACCCUCUGCUCAUCCAUGGAUCUGGGCGGAACAAAACGCAAGGAUUCAGGAAAGCAAUUUCCUGCCAUUAUGCCAGUGCCAGUUGCCAUUACAUCGACGUGAAGGGCACCAGUCAAGAAGGCAUCGAGAAGGAAAUGAUCCAAGUAGCAAACAAAUUGGGCGUAACUGGAGAUGAUUGGAACAUGAAGGAUAUUUUGAAGUCUCGAGCCCGGCUUGUGAAGGGAGAAAGAAUUAACCUUUGAAAUACCCUUCAUUAUAAUGCUUUUGAAGGAAGUCAAAAUGAAGCAAGGAGGCCAAGGAAAAUGUUUUCUUAUUGGGGUGAUGUAAUCUUUCCUAUCCCUUUUUAACAAAAUCAAGAAAUACCUAUCGGGGACUUGAUUGCGUAGAGUUCAUUUUGCAAUACAGCGCUGUUGCUUUAAUGGAAGUAGAAACAGUGAAAUUGAAAUGUUAUUGUUCGAAGAACAAUUUUGUGGGCUGAGUAUUUAGCUCAGUGUUGCCACUGCCUGACUCCAAGCGCAAGGUCCUGAGUUUGAUUCCCGGUACCAAAAAAGAAAAAAACGAUUUUGUGGUUACAGACAAUAAAAGUGAUCGGUGUAUAAUUUAAA